UAGUUUCAUCACAUAAAGACAAAGAGGAAGGUUGUUUUACCGACCCGAAAAUAAAGCAUCACACACUAACGGACGCAAAGCCAAGAAUUGACUUUAUUAGACAAAUUGUGCAAACUGUGAGUCAAUAUUUGCCGGUUGUAUUUUUUUGCAAAAGCUGGUUACAGAAACGAAUGAGGUGUCGGUUGAAUAUCCGAACAAGUGUUCAAUUUUGAUUGGCUUACUCUGUUUAAGUCUCUACCGUAUAAACUGAGAAUUUACUUAUCUUGCGCAGCUUUUUUUUGUUUUUUUCUUUUCUUUAGUCGACUUUAACCUUUUUCUAUCAUUAUCCAUUGAGUGGUUUGGGUAUUUUUUUUUUUCACAAUGAUCAACACCGAGUGUCAUAGUAGUUCCAGCAACACCAACAACAGUUCCGGCAGUAACAUUGAGAACGUUAGUGAUCCACUUACUCAGUUACUGUCUUUGCCAGUCAGCUUUUCAGUUGAUCCUUUGAUGACAAGUUCAAGUGUAUCGACUGUCACUACUGUAGAGGCUACUACCAUGGCAAGCUCUAUAUGUUCGCCUAAUGCAACAAAUAUGUCUAGAAAACGUAGCAUUUCUCCUUGUCAAUCUACUCGUAUGAAGAAGGAUACUACUAAUUCUGUUGUCACAUUGAAAAAGUCCAGGGUAACAUUGGAUGACAAAGAUCAAAAGACAAAAGAAAGAAUUUUGCGUAAUCGUGCAGCAGCUCAAGAAUCGCGUGAUAAAAAACGACGAUACAUUGCAGAGUUAGAAAGCAAUAACCAAAGACUUCUUCAUGAAAAUGAUGUAAUGAACAAACGUUUGAGAAUGCUCGAAGAACAAAAUGCAUUAUUGCAAUCACAGUUGGAUACAUUUGCUCGACAAUUAACCAAUAUACAAGCAGUUCAACAGCUACAGCAACAACAACCUGCUAUGAAUGAUACUACUACUACUACUACUACUACUACUACUUCUCUGAAUGCUCACAACAGUAAAUUCAAUGCGAUCAGUCCAAUUUUGUUCAACGACUUUUGCGAUUCAGCACGGAUCGCGAAGAAGGAAGGAUUAUCAAACUGUAGGAACCUUUUACUUGUUGUCUCGACAAGAAGAUGAUUCAGAUGCCAACAGAUAGCUAUAUGAAAAAGAUUGCCCAAAAGUCUACUCACUCUUACAACAAUUACCCAAUCCACAUACCCAAACCACUCAAUGGAUAUUCCAUCUGUUGAAUCAUCUUUCCUAUUGUCUUACCAAGUUUAGUUUUCUAUU